UAUGAAUGAGGUGGGUCUUGACGACACUCACCGUGGAAGCUACUGUUGAAAUUCCACUGCUAAUCAACUUUAGCCAGCUUGCUAACAUGUAACGGUUAAUUAAUCGAACGCGAGGAGCUUCACACACAGCGCUACGGUUGACAUGAGUUAACGACCACUCAUUUGCAACUGGGCGAUAUGUGACAAAUAGUAUUCUUGUUUUCUACUGCGCGUGUCUCCGUUACUGCAACCAUGUCAAGUUAGCCGGAACGACGCAAUCGGUGGAUAACGAACCGGGCAAGCUAGCCCACCAGCCCGUUCCGACUGGGUCCGCGUUCGAGCAGGUUUCGUCGCCCGGAGGACGCUAAAGCCCGGUGCUGUGACCACCAUGAGUCCCGCGGGCUGCCCCCAUGCCAACGGCUUCAAAGUGGACAACUGGAAGCAGAACCUGAGGGUCAUUUAUCAGUGUUUCGUGUGGAGCGGUUCAGCCGAGACCAGAAAACGCAAGGCCAAGUCGUGUAUCUGCCACAUGUGCGGUGCCCACCUCAACAGACUCCACUCCUGCCUCUCCUGUGUCUUCUUCGGCUGCUUUGCCAAAAACCACAUCCACGAACACGCCAAGAGCAAAAAGCAUAACUUAGCUAUUGACUUGCUGUAUGGAGGGAUUUACUGUUUCAUGUGCCAAGACUACAUUUAUGACAAAGACAUGGAGCAGAUUGCCAAAGAGGAACAGAGGAAAGCCUGGAAAAUGCAAGGUGUAGGGGAGAAGUACUCCACGUGGGAGCCCACCAAGAGGGAACUGGAGCUGCUCCGCCACAACCCCAAGAGGAGGAGGAUCACCUCCAACUGUACCAUUGGCCUGCGGGGGCUGAUAAACCUGGGCAACACGUGCUUCAUGAACUGCAUCGUCCAGGCGCUGACGCACACUCCGCUGCUGCGUGACUUCUUCCUGUCCGACCGACACAAAUGCGAGAUGCAGAGCAACUCCUGUUUGGUGUGCGAGAUGUCGCAGCUCUUCCAGGAGUUCUACUCGGGCCACCGGUCGCCGCACAUCCCGUUUCGACUGCUCCACCUGGUGUGGACCCACGCCCGCCACCUGGCCGGCUACGAGCAGCAGGACGCCCACGAGUUCCUCAUCGCGGCGCUGGAUGUGCUGCACAGACACUGCAAAGACGACAACGGGAAGAAAGCCAACAACCCCAACCACUGUAACUGCAUCAUCGACCAAAUCUUCACGGGGGGCCUGCAGUCUGACGUCACCUGUCAAGUCUGCCAUGGCGUCUCCCCCACCAUAGGACCAUUCUGGAACAUCAGCCUGGGACUGGCCGGGCUCCUCCAUCUCCGUUUCUGGCCCCUCAGCCCCGAAGACGGUUCGGCGCUAACCGGGGAGAGUCACCCGCCGGGAGCCACGACACUCACGAACUGCCUGCGCAGGUUCACCCGGCCAGAGCACCUCGGCAGCAGCGCUAAGAUCAAGUGCAGUGGUUGCCAUAGUUACCAGGAGUCCACCAAGCAGCUGACCAUGAAGAAGCUGCCCAUCGUGGCCUGCUUUCACGUCAAAAGGUUCGAGCAUUCAGCCAAACUGCGCCGCAAGAUCACGACUUACGUGUCCUUCCCGCUGGAGCUGGACAUGACGCCGUUCAUGGCCUCCAGCAAAGAAAGCAGGAUGAACGGGCAGUACCAGCAGACCCUGGAGCCCUUCAACAACGACAACAAGUACAGUCUGUUUGCAGUGGUGAACCACCAGGGGACGCUGGAGAGCGGCCACUACACCACCUUCAUUCGGCAACACAAGGACCAGUGGUUCAAAUGUGACGACGCCAUCAUAACGAAGGCCAGCAUCAAGGACGUGCUGGACAGUGAAGGGUAUCUUUUGUUUUAUCACAAACAGUUCCUGGAGUACGAGUAGUUUCCCUCGGCGGAGGAGAGCCGGGGAACGGAGCGAGGGUUGGCCGCGCGGGGACACAGAAACAAACACGAGGCCACCUGAACAAUCCCCCUCCGUCCCUACACGCUAAUCCCACAUCAGAGAGGACAAACCCUGAACGCAAGAGGUUUAAGAGGGAGGUUGGUCUUGGGUCUGCUUGAAUUCAGGGGGGGGAUGAAGAAGAUAAUCGGCUGAGGGAAAGGAAGCGACUCGCGGGUUGACUGCCUGCUUGGCACAGCGGCGUCCUUCUGUUCCAGAGACAAACAAAGGGGCAGCAAGGUUGUUUUCCACCUUUUUUGUUGAGGUUUUACUCGAUCACGGAUGCAGUUCUUCACCACGUUUUUUAACAGGUGGAGUCACAGCCUUCCACGGGGUCCCGUCCCCCCCCUCUUCGCUCCACCUGAAGCAGUUACCUCCUGGACACAAGCACACUCGCCUAACACAGCCACACUCCUGCAGAUGACCAAAUAUUUCAAGGGCGGAAGUUGUCUCAUUCUGUUCAGAGCGGCGGGGGGGGCUAUGAGCACCGGAUAGAGGGACAGUGGAUUCCACUCAUUCGUUGCGGGAUCGUAGUUGUCAGUGGAAUACGGCAACAAGGAGUACGCACAGGAUCUGUUGUCUUCUGCCUCUCAUGCUGCUUUCGACCGUCACGGGGAAAUAAAUGACAGUGAAUUCUCUAUUUUUAUACAUGCUGUAAUUAAAUCAUUUGUUUACGAUUGCUCUGUAAUCUCUCAUUGUUCCACUGUGUUACAUUGUGCCGUCUGUGCAUUUUUAAAUUAAUUUUUAAGCACCCAAAAAGGUGCUGAUGACGUUGACGAACCUGCUGCCUCGCCUUCAUUUUAUUUGUCUUUUUUUUCCUGUUUAGUUUGACUUCAAUUUGUCAAAUGUUUUGGUGUUAAAUAGGCAAAUUCUUCACGUUUCAUAUACUUUGUUGCGAUGCUAUUUCAGGUUAACGGCCACAUUUUGUGUGUCUGUGUGUGCGCCCUUUAAAAAAGGACAAAAAGACAAGCUCAGUGUAGGUGUAUAAUAUGUGUUAUUACGCUUAAAAUGAGAGAAUUUUGAGAAAAAAGCUAUUGUGUGUGUGUGUGUGUGUGUGUGUGUGUGCGCGCACACGUGUGUAUCGUAUGUUCCUGUACUGAAUCAGUACUUGCGUUCAGCAUGCCAUCUGAGCUGGCUAUCGCAGUUUGAUGGGAUUUCUUUUCCACAUGUUGACGUAUCUAUAAGUAUAUAUGUGCACUUUGUAUGUAUAAGAGACUAAAUGGUGAAACCUCAAAGUGGAUUUUUGUUCUUCUAUAUCUGUGGAUCUGAACAACCCAGUCAGUCAUUCCUCACACACACACACACACACACCUGUACCUGCUGCAACUGGACACAGUGAUGGAAAGACACUCAAAUAAAGAAAGAAAAAAUAUAUA